AUGUCGCAGCUCACCUACGCAUCAGACGCAGGCACUUCCCAACCCGCGACCUCACCAUCCCCACAACCAUCCCCACAACCACCCUCGCACAUAUCAACGCCAACACCCCCACCCGUACCCUCAACCCCAUCCAACAAGGACAGCGUACAGUCCGCAGGCUCCGUCGAGGCGCAGCUCGAGCGCCUCACAUCCGCCGUGCACGAGACCGGGCACCUCAUCCACGUCUGCACCGUCCUGUGCGAGGAGCGCUGCGCGCUGGCGCUCGCGCGGGACGAGCAGCAGGCGAAGCGCGCGGAGAGCGUGCAGGAGCAGCUAGCGCGCAUGCUUGCGAUGACGCAGGAGACGCUGAGGAGGGAGCGCGAGGUGCGCGUUACUGCGGACCCGGAGAAGUAUGUGUUGGACCUAAGGCGCGCGGCGUUUGGCGCGGGGAGCACUGCGGACUCAAUUUCGCGGUCGUCUUUGAUGGAUAGCGCAACUGAAAAUACUGUCGACUAUACAGAUUGA